GGGAGAAAGACUAUUUACUUCCUCUCUUCAAGGGAGCUGCAUGUGUCCCUCACGGGCUCAGUGAAUCUGCGGUGACUCGUUCACUCUGAUGCGGCAGCAUGUGGCAGCUGCUGCCCUCAACGGCUCUGCUGCUUGUAGUUUCUGCCGGCACGCAAGCUGCGGACCUCCCAAAGGCUGUGGUGGUCUCAGACCCUCCAGGCAAUAGGGUCCUCACGUUCGACAGUGUGACUUUCAAGUGCCAGGGGGCCAAUCCUUCUGGGAACCAUUCCACCCGGUGGCUGCACAAUGGGACCCUCAUCUCAAGUCAGACCAGCUACGUCAUCGAAGCUGCCAGCGUUGAAAACAGCGGCGAGUACAGGUGCCAGACGGGCCUCUCCGAACUCAGUGACCCCGUGCAGCUAGAAGUCCUCGUGGGCUGGUUGUUACUCCAGACCCCUCGGCGGGUGUUCCAGGAGGGGGAGCCCAUUCGGCUGAGGUGCCACAGCUGGAAGAACAAGCCCGUCUGGAAUGUCCAAUACUUCCAGAAUAGAAGAGGCAGAAAGUUUUCUUAUGAUAAUUCUGAGUUCUACAUCCCAGCAGCAAGAAGUGAACAUAAUGGCUCCUACUUCUGCAGGGGGCUUAUCGGGAAGAGAAAUGAGUCUUCAGAGGCUGUGGACAUCAUCAUUCAAGGUCCACCGGUUCCAUCCACCUCAUCACUCCUCCCAUUUUGGCCCCAUAUCCCUUUCGCCGUGGUGAUGGCACUCCUAUUUGCAGUGGACACGGGACUGUAUUUUGCUAUGCAGAGAGACCUUCAUAACUCAAAGCGGGCCUGGAAAAACAGCAAAGUCUCCUGGAAACAGGGCCCUUAGGACAAAUGGGGGUAGUAAAAGCAGCACCUCUGAGCCUCUUUCUGGAUUCACCAUCCCAUCCUCCCCACUAGGCAGCUCUGGGAGCAGCAGGAAAAGCACACCUCAGGGUCUAGGCUGAGGGUCCUCCACUCAACUCCAUUUUCUCUCGGUCUCUGCUAGAAAGGAAAGGUCUGUGAUCUCAGAGGCCAACCAUGAAGCCUCAGCGAGCAGACACAGUACUCAGACUUGAAGUCUCAACGCUACCCAGAUACUUUCUCUGCCCGACUGUCUGUCACAACAAAGCCACAAUGCCGACUCUGGAUGGUGACCCGAUGUAUAAAGUAGUUCUUAAAUAACAGGAUAAGGAGAUAAGAAAAUUAUGGCCAAGGACCAGCUGAGUAGUGGUCUACAUCUGUUGCUCCAGGACGGGUUGCCUUCUAGGCACCCUAAAACCCCUUCCAGACAGAUUGUGGGGGCUGUUGAGAGUCUAGGGGAGAACAGCACAACCAGCGAAGGGAGUGGUUGAGAAAGAGCAAGGCAGUCCAGGACCGACCGGGGAGACCCCGGCCUGCGCUGUCUUCCUAGAACGUGAGCGGUGCUGUAGGUACAGAAAAAUCACAGGGGUGAUGUAGAAUUGAUUUUUGGGGGGAGCCCCUGUCAGAACUGGGACGGCGUGUGAGUACUUAAUGAUGAACCGCUCUCAAUGGCAGGAGUAGAAAAUGCUCCCAGAAUGGGGUUAGGGAUGGGAGGUCCUGGAAAAGAGAGCACAGAAGAAACUGUGUCCAUAGGGAGGAGAGACACAUCGCUGCCGCAGAAGCAGCUCAGUGAACAGAGAUCCCUCUGGGUCUGAACUGAGAAAGCAUGACGGGAAAGAGCCAAUGAGAGCUGCUCAGGAGACAAUGGGCCAGCGGUGAGGACAUGUGUGGGCCAGGAUAGUAGGAAUUAGGGAGAGGAGAUGAGGGGACUGUCACCCGCUUUCUGCUUCAGUAUUUAAUAUAUACCUCCAGCUUCACACUAUUCAUCUGACAAAUGCUGGAUGCACCAUAUGAAAUGUACUCGACUCUGCUGUGCUGAACUCUGAAACUUGGAAAUCCCUUCCCCAGUCAGUGACUAUGGAUUUGGGGAGUGGGGUCACGAGCGUUACUUGUGGGAGAAAGCUUAGCUGUCUUUCUGUAUUAGAAGCUUUCAACAGAGCAUUUCCUGAUUCCAAUAAAGCUUUGGACA